CGUGGUGCGAAAAUCCUAACAUCUUAGAUGGGUCAAGAAAACAUGCUUCGGCCGGGAAGAUAAACGCGAGCACAAUUUUCAAGUUCGCACAAGUUAGCACCAACCUUCUCCAACCGCAACGUCGAAAUUCAAAUCAAACCACCACGUGCCUCCGCAACGAUUCACUCGACUACACUGACUGCGUGAGAGCGACGACGACCAACCGCGGGUUCAUUCCGCUCCUGAAUUCAAAUUUGGAGCAACACAUCAAAGGAGCUCGGUUCGCGCGCGUACACCCCUUUACGCGUCGGGUCGGCUUGGCGCGCGUGGCGAGCCCCAUCCAACCUGAGCGGGCGGCAACGGCAUGGGAGUGCGAAUGAACAGCGCGCUUCGCGAUUUUCGCGAGUCGCCGAUUGGAUAAAAAGCUUUCUCUCGGCUCAACCGGUAGUCAUUCGAGUACGCGCUACGCUAGGAACAACAACCCUGAACAAAAGAUUAUCACCAAGGUGUGAGGGGUAUUGAAGAGAGAUUUGUCCUGAUUGGGAUUCAGAAGAAGCGCAGCAGACCAAGUGACAUAAAAAAGUGUAAUAUCAGUGUUAAUCGACUGAAGAUUAUUCUGAGCCGGAUAGUUAAAUCCAACGGUUUUGACCAAGGAGUUUAAGUGCGCGGGAAAUUGUUCCGGCGAAAGGAAAAUUAACGAACCGCGUGCACGACGUUGUUUGUGAGUGAAGAAUUAGUGAUUCGUGAUUUAUUGCCUGUGGCAAUCGUGCUAAACAUAGCCGCACUAUUUACGUUAACUGGGCAGUAAUAAGCUACCCAGGAGGGCGAGCUACACAGGGUAGUGGAAUUCUAAACAUCCACAAAUAAGUUCGAGUCAAAGUGUUGUUGUGGAGGAAAGAAAAGUGCGUUUCUUAGCGAGAAGAUGAAUACCGAAGAGUUUCGUGUGCACGGUAAGCGGAUGAUCGACUACAUCUGCGACUACGGGAAGACGAUCGAGUGCCGAGAUGUGGCCCCUACGGUGGAUCCCGGAUUUUUGCGACACUUGUUACCAGACGAGGCCCCACAAAAGGGCGAAGACUUCAAGCGGAUGCUCGAGGACGUCGAGAAGAAGAUCAUGCCCAAUAUGGUGCACUGGAACCACCCGCGAUUCUUCGCGUAUUUCCCAUCCGGCAACUCGUACCCCUCGAUCCUCGGCGACAUGCUGAGCAGUGCGAUCGGGUCAAUUGGCUUCUCAUGGGCUUCGUCACCGGCUGCCACCGAGUUGGAAGCGAUCGUCAUGGAUUGGUACGCAAAGGCGCUAGACUUGCCGGCGUUCUUCCGCAGCGAUGUGGUAGGGAGCGUUGGCGGAGGAGUUCUUCAAGGUUCCGCUUCCGAGUGUGCUCUAGUUUGCAUGAUGGCAGCUCGCGCGCGGGCGAUCAAGGAACUGAAGGGAAACAACGCGGAUGUUCACGACAGUGUCUACCUACCGCAGUUGGUGGCCUAUGCUUCGAAGGAGGCGCACUCAUCGAUCGAGAAGGCCGCCAAGAUGGCGAUCGUGAAGUUGAGGGUGCUCGAAACCGAUAACCGGGGAGUAUUCCGAGGAAACACUUUGCAGGAAGCGAUGCAGCGUGACUUGGAAAAUGGCUUGACUCCGUUCUUUGUGGUCGCGACAGUCGGAACGACCUCCGCUUGCGUGUUCGACAAUCUGGUAGAGAUCGGAGAGGUCUGCAAGCAGGUUCCCACCAUUUGGUUCCACGUUGAUGGAGCGUACGCAGGAAACUCGUUCAUUCUACCGGAGAUGCGACACUUCAAGAAGGGUUUGGAGUACGCCGAUUCGUUCAAUACCAAUCCCAACAAACUACUGCUAACGAACUUCGACUGUUCGGCCAUGUGGGUCAAAGAGGUCAAAUUGCUAACCUCGGCACUAGCCGUUGAUCCUCUGUAUCUACAGCACGACCAUAGCAGCGCCGUGGAUUACCGUCACUACGGCAUUCCACUGAGCAGACGAUUCCGUGCGUUGAAGUUGUGGUUCGUAUUCCGGUCGUACGGAAUCGUGGGGCUCCAGAAGUACAUCCGGAAUCACAUAACUCUGGCCAAGCGGUUCGAGUCGCUAGUUCUGAUGGACGAACGAUUCGAAGUGCGGAACGACGUCAACCUGGGACUGGUUUGCUUCAGACUUAUAAAGCAUGACCGAAUUAAUCGCGACCUGUUGGCCCGAAUUAACCAUUCUGGAAAGUUCCACAUGACCCCCGCAAUGGUCCGAGGCAAAUACAUCAUCCGGCUCUGCGUCACCUACGAGCAUGCCUCUGCCGAACAUAUAGAUUACGCCUGGGAUGAGAUUCGAAACUUCGCCGAGGAAACCCUGGCAGCCGAGUGCCCAACGCCCGCCAUCCAGCAAAUCACCGUCACUCCGGCCAUCAGCAAGAAACCACCGAAGAAGCUCACCCGCAGCAUGUCCACGAGGUUCUCGUUCACCCGAAGCGUUUCGCGGGAAAUCUACGAGCGACAGAACAGCCGAUCGCAACUCACGGACGGUGCCACCCCGAUCGUCAUCAUCGACACGGACGAGAUCCUGGAGAGCCUUCAGAGGGCUACGGCAGCGGCGUCGGCGGCCGCUGCGGCAACGGCACAUCAUCCCGAUUCCCGCGAACGGAUACAGAAGCAGGCAGCGGCGGCGGAACUAUACGAUACCGACGACAGCAGUACGGACGAGGCUAGCAAUUGACUAGGAUCGGUGCCGUCGAUCACCGAACCACCGACCGUGGUUCAGCGGACAAGUGACAGCGGCAGUGAUGAAGAUGACGGUGGCGAAGAGCUAGAUGAGGACGAGGACGACGAUGGAAGCAGCACCGAUGUGGAUGACUCUUCGACGAGUGCAACGGCCAUUUUCCGGGGCAGUCUACGCCGGCAGAGCAAGUCCAAAAGCUGCUCUAGUAUUAGACAAAUGUGAUGUGGAUGGAUGCUAUAUUUAUAUAUAUAAGGCUGUAUGUGCCACAAAGAAGUAUUACUAUUUGAUAGAAAGCACUGCUAAGUUAUUUUAGAUUGUAAAAGCUUAAGCGUUUGAAGCGCAAACUUAAAGUAUUAUGAAGUCUAUACAACGAUAACCAUGACCCUAGAAAAACAGGCUUAGUUAUAGCGAUUAUUCAAAUGUAUCUCAAAACGAUGUGUGAAAUGAUGAAGUUUUAUGAAUAAAUGUACAUAAAUGUUAUUCUCGUAGAA